UAUUUUGCGCUUGGAAUAGUUCACGCCGAUAUAACUGGGGGACUUCACGAGUGUUUCAGUGUGUUUUCUUAUAUGUGAUUUCUUGCUUCGCUGCCAGUAUGGCAGAUUCCACGGAGCCGAAGCUGGAUUUUUCGCUAAAAGAGCUGACAAUUUCUCGUCAGAGUGAAGCUGUGCCCGGCAGCUCGUUCACCGUGGAGAUGCGGAACAACAGACUGGUGUGUGUGGAGUAUCCGGCGGUGGUUACCAGUGUGGACAAGAUGCUGGAGACUCUCGGGGGUGAACAAGCAGUGUCCAAAACCUUUGCUCACCCUAACCGGCGUCUUGAGCUGCGCUACAGACCUCAGGACCCUUUCUGUCACUCUCUGUGUGGAAACCGCUUACCGUCCAGCAACCUCCUCCUCAGGGUACGGCGACGGGUGCGUAAAAAGGAUCCCCAGGAUGCUGAGAUCCGCAUGGAUAUACUUGGAGUCAUAGGAACAACAUAUAAAUUCCAAGGGAUGGCAGACUUUCAGUGCCUUGCUGUGCAUUCAGAGAAUGGAAAAGACAUGUCUUUAUAUGACAAAAUCAUCCUUCACAAAACAGAGAAUCAAGAGUUCUUUGAGCAGUCAAUGCCUUACUUUCUUCCCCCGGCCAUCUUCUCACGCCUUGACAGUCCUGUGGAUUAUUUCUACCGGCCUGAUGUCCAUCAGAGCCAAUUGCCCAUCAGCAAGAAGAACUUUAUUGGUUUGGCUCGCACUCGACGGCCCCAUAAUGCCAUUUUUGUCAGCUUUAGUGAUCCAACUGUGCCCACUGAAUGCCUUGAGGCGGCCAAGGUUCAGUGGGCACGAGUCUGCCUGAAGGAGUCUGAUAAAGAGGCUGAAGAACACUUGAAAAAGAUGUUUGAGAGUCGGCCCAUCUGGUCACGGAAUGCAGUCAAGGCCAACAUCAACAUCCACCCUGAUAAACUGAAAUUGCUGCUGCCUGUUUUUGCCUACUACAUGGUAACAGGGCCGUGGAGAAGUCUGUGGGUGAGGCUGGGCUAUGACCCCCGAAAGAACUCGGAGUCCAAGAAAUACCAGCUGCUGGAUUUCAGGAUCCGCUGCAGCACCAAGCACGGGUAUUCACUCUCUGACAUGCCAGUGAAAGCCAAGAGGAGCGCCCUUAACUACAGUUUACCUAUCACAGUCAACAAAACAGGUCCCCAGCCAGCCAGUGUGCUGGAUCUUCCAGCUCAUGAGGGUUCGAGCACCAGUCGAGAUCCAGUCCCAGUCACAUACCAGCUGAAGGAGUCAUCCUACAUUUUCAGAGAGGGUAUGCUGCCUCCUCACAGACAGAUGUUUUACCAGCUCUGUGAUUUGGAUGUGGAAAGUAUCAAACAGGUGAUUGAGCAGAACCAUGGUAAAGAGCAGGUAUGUGAUGAGCGGGACGGCUGGUGUGUUCUUGGCACCACAGACAAGCUGAGGGAUGUGAUCUCAGGCAUGAUUAAGAAGAUUAUCCGAGCACAGAGGCCAGCAUUAUCAGAAAAAUCCUUAAAAAGCAGCAGACGCAAAAAUGCAAGUUUAAAGUCCUCAUUGAGAGAUAUGGAUGCAGAGGAAGAAGAGGAGGAGAACGAGGACGAUGAAUUUCAGCUGUCAGAGGGAAGUGAAAAUGAGAUGGAGACAGAAAUUCUGGAUUACAUCUAAAUAAAGACAACAAUCUUGAUGAUCUGUGUUAAUAUUUAGCAUGAUUUGUUUUUGUAAGAUGUGAUAUGUGACUUAUUUACUUAAAUUUCAAUAAAGAAGUAUUUUUAGGGUUUUGUUUGAGCACUGUAUUAUUAUAAUUGAGUCCUAAUGCAUUAUGACUGCAGUCUUUCUUCAGAUCACUAAAUAUCAUUAAAAGUCAUGAGAGAUGCAAAACACUGUCAAAUACCUUAGAAAUGCUUUGUGCCAGUUUACAUGCUGCAAACACUACAUCCUUUUUAAACAGUAUUAAGAAAUUAUUUU